UAUCAGUAUAAUGAUGUAUGGCUCCUGGAAAACAACAGUCUGCCAAAAUGAAUUUUUUCCAAGAACAUAAUUUUGCAAAUGAACAUGCUGAUCGGUGAUGAUCAUGAACCAUGAAAGAGGAUCGUCAGUGGAAGAGUUUACAAAGUUGACAUUUCCAGCUCUAUUUCUAGAUCCAUUGAUUAAUUGAUACUUGAACUUAUUUGUUGUCAUACUGUGCAAUCACGUGGAAUAUUGAGUUGCUAGAUUCUCAAAAUGCGGAUGUUUGGGCAGACCAUUAUGUACAAAACACAAGAUUGCCGUUCUCUAAGGCUCACAUGGACAACAAAAAUCCUCCUUGCAUGCAUGUAGGAUUAAUGGACUAUUAUCAUGUUAUACUGUUCUAUCACGCAAAAAAAGUCUUCCCACACCAAGUUUUGGUCUCCAGAAACCUCGACCAGACGGGUAAGCCGGCUUGAUUUGGACGACCUCCGCCUUUUCAAUUUGUACCUUAUCAAGAAUGAUUCUAUGAAGAAUGGAAUGGAGAUGAAAACAACAAGAGUCGUACUGUGUGUUCCCCCUCUGCAAAAGGGUGAAUCGAUUUUUUUAAGUUGUGCUAAUUUGCAGAGCAGUCAAUUUUGUUCAGAGGAGUACUCUGUGAAGAUGGUUGAGCAGAUUCCUUUUCAUAUGAUACACUUCAAAGACUGCCAUUUAAAGGCUCCCAAGAAACACCAUUGUUCUUCACCACAUGAUUUGAGAACUCUAUUACCAUGUUAUAUACCGCGAUCACACAAAAAGAUGCACUAUGAAAUGGAAGCCCUUGGUUGCGUUAUUUCAAUCAAUCAUCAAGAUCUCAAUUGUAAUUUUCGUUUUUACUAUUGGAAAUUUUAUGUUAUUCCAAUAUAUAGCAAACCACCAUUUAAAUUAGUCAUUUUGGUUGAUGAGAGUACGAGACUUUCAUGCUCAUAUUGCUCUACUUAA